AUGAGGGGGUGGGAGAGGGCGAGUGUUGAGCGAGAGAGCGAGAGAGGGAGAGAGAGAGAGGUAAGCAUGGCUGGGAGGAGGUUGCGGUGGCUGUCCUCGCUCGGAGUCGCCCCGUUUCUUGCUCUCUCCACUGCUCUGCUGUUCGCAGUAUCGCCCAUGGAUGGAGUCCACGGAGCCCCGCGCAUCCCCGCGGAAACAGUGAAGCUCUGGGCCUCUGCCUUUGGAGGAGAGAUCAAGUCCAUCUCCAGCAGAUACUCGGGAUCCCAGUUCCUCCAGAAGAAAUACAAGGAGUCAGAGAAGAGGGUGCGGAUCGACGAGGUGGAUGGCCUGCAGCUGGUGAAGAAGAUUGCCAAGAACAUGGAAACGAUGUUCAGCAAGAAGGUGACUGCGGUGAAGCGCCUAGUGGAGGCCGCUGAAGAGGCGAACAUGAACCACACCUACGACGAAAACCUCGAGUACCCCUACUACACGGCGCUGAGCAUGCAGGACGAGAGAGACAACUACGGCCUUGAGCUGGGCCUGGAGCCCAACGAGCACUACAACAACAUGUCGGUGAACACGAGCCUCAGCGGGGUGCAGGUGCCCACCAACGUCUACAACAAGGACCCGGCCGUCAUCAACGGUGCACUGUGGUCGUCAGCGCUGAACGCUGUCUUCGUGAACAACUCCCGGCGCGACCCCACGCUGACCUGGCAGUACUUCGGCAGCGUCGACGGAUUCUUCCGCCAGUACCCGGGAGUGAAGUGGGAGGCCGAUGAAAACUCAGAAGGAGGCGUCAUUGAGUACGACUGCAGGAACAGAGGAUGGUUCAUCCAGGCGUCCACGUCUCCCAAGGACGUCGUCAUCCUGGUGGACGUGAGUGGCAGCAUGAAGGGCCUGCGCAUGACCAUCGCCAAGCGCACCGUCAUCUCGAUCCUGGAGACGCUCGGAGACAAUGACUUCUUCAACAUCAUCGGGUACAACGACUUCCUGCACUACGUCGAGCCGUGCCUCAACGAGACGCUGGUGCAGGCCGACCGUGACAAUCGUGAGCACUUUAAGAAGCAGACAGAGAAGCUGCUGGCCAAGGGAACGGGGCUGCUGGAGAACGCCCUCGACAGAGCGUUCAGCAUCCUCAACGAGUUUAACCGGACGGGCCAAGGCAGCCAGUGUAGCCAGGCCAUCAUGCUCAUCACGGACGGCGCCACUGACACCUACGACAACGUGUUCAACACCUACAACCGGCCCCACCGCAGGGUGCGCCUCUUCACCUACCUGAUCGGGCGGGAAGUGGCGUUUGCGGACAGCGUGAAGUGGAUGGCGUGCAGCAACAAAGGCUACUACUCGCGCAUCUCGACGCUGGCCAACGUGCCCGAGAACGUGAUGCACUACCUGCCGGUGCUGAGCCGUCCCAUGGCCAUCAGCCGCGGCCACACGGUCAUCUGGACCGAGGCCUACACUGACUACACGCUGCCACAAGCACAGAAGCUGCUCACGCUGGCAUCUCAGGAUCACUUCCUCAAGACGUCCGUUGCCAUGCCCGUCUUCAGCGGCAAGUCCGACAUGAAGUCACGUGGUGUGCUGCUCGGCGUGGUGGGACUCGACGUGCCGUUGAAGGACAUCCUCCGUGUGGUCCCUCGCUACAAGCUGGGGGAGCAUGGCUACGCGUUUGCCAUCACCAACAACGGCUACAUCUUGAGCCACCCCGACCAGAGACCCCUGUACAGAGAGGGAGGGAAAUUCAAGGCCAAGCCGCAUAGCGUCGACCUGCUGGAGGUGGAGUGGGGCGAGCAGGACGACGUGUUGCGGGCGGCGAUGGUGAACAGACAGACAGGUUCCUACUCCUCGAACAUACGGAUGAACGUCCCGAUCUCAGAGGAAAGGAUUUUGCCGCUGACCAAGGAAUUCUACUACACGGAUAUCAAGAACACGCCCUUCAGCCUUGGAAUCGUCCUGGGUGGCUCCUAUGGGAAGUUCAUCUUCAGCGCCAACGUCUCCCUGGCCGAAGCGCUGGAGGACCUGGCCCACCCUGACGUGAUGCUCUCCAACGAGUGGACUUACUGCCACACGGAAGAGGAUCCACACCUGCACAAGGUGUCCCAGCUGGAGUCGGUGCAGAGAUACCUGUCCGGGGAGAAGCUCGGACUCCGAUGCAACAACGAGCUGAUCCGCCAGGUGAUGUUCGACGCGGUGGUGUCGGCCCCGCUGGAGGCCUACUGGACCAACCUCAUGCUCAACAAGUCCCAGAACCUGGAGCUGGGCGUCGAGCAGGCCUUCCUUGGGACUCGGUCGGGGCUCCUGAGGAAAGCCGAGUUCCUGGGAUCGGAGAAGAUCACCGACAGAGAUUUCCUGACGGAUGACCAGAAGGACACCCUCUUCACGGUGGAGCGGUUCCCCCUGUGGUUCCGGCGUGCCAGCGCCCUGCCGCCUGGCAACUUCAUCUACUCGGUGCCCUUCAAGGCCGGCACCACCAACAGGAGCACGGCGGUGACUGCCAGCACAGCGAUCACCGUGUCGGCAAACCGGCGCACGGCCACAGCCGCCGUGGUUGGGAUACAGAUGAAGCUCGACUAUUUCCAGCAGAAAUUCUGGACGGCGACAAAACAGCGUGACGACACCGAUUGCACCACGGUCGACGGGAAGUGCCCCAUCAGCAUGGACGAUGAGAAUCUCCGAUGCUACCUCAUCGACAACAACGGCUACAUCAUGGUCUCCAAGUCGUACGAGGAGACGGGACGAUUCCUCGGGGAGGUCGACGGCACCGUGAUGAAGAAGCUGGUGACCAUGGGGAUAUUCCAGCGGGUGAUGCUCUACGACUUCCAGGCCAUGUGCCGCCUCGUGCCGGACUCGCACUCGAGCAGAGCGGGACUCGGCGUGCCCACGCCCUAUCAGUCUCUCUCGGCGUUGGUCAAGUGGCUCAUCACAGAGCUCACCAUGCUGCUGCUGGAGUUCACCCUGUCAGGCCCGUGGAGUCCCGAGCACGCCGCCACAGCCCAGAAGGUGCGCCGGCAGGACCUGCUGCAGCCGUGCCACAAGCAGUACCCGGCGUUCAGCGCAGCGCCCACGCUCAAGGAGAACAGCGGCGCCAUCGACUGCGGCGACUGUGAGAGGAUGUUUGUGAUCCAGCAGGUGCCCGGCAGUAACCUGCUGCUGCUCGUGGUGGACACGGAGUGCCGCUGUGACAACAUGUUCAGGAUGGGCCUGCACCCGGUCGAGAUAAAGCAUAUCGAGUCGAGUCGCUGUGAGAGGCUCCGCUCGCAGAAGCUGAGACGGAGGCCGGACCAAUGCUACGCCUUCCACUCGGAGGAGGAUGCGUCCGAGUGUGGUGGAGCGGCCCGGCGCGGCGUGAGCGCCAGCACGCUGCUCACCGCGCUGGCGCUCACCAGUACAGCCCUGCACGCAGUCGGGUGACCCUGCUCACCGCCAGCUCCUCACCGCCAGCUCCUCACCAACAGCACCGCCCUGCUCACCACCUGCUACUCACCGCCAACUCCUCACCGCCAGCUCCUCACCGCCAGCUCCUCACCAACAGCACCGCCCUGCUCACCACCUGCUACUCACCGCCAACUCCUCACCGCCAACUACUCACCGCCAGCUCUUCACCAACAGCACCGCCCUGCUCUCACCGCCAGCUCCUCACCGCCAGCUCCUCACCAACAGCACCGCCCUGCUCACCGCCUGCUACUCACCGCCAACUCCUCACCGCCAACUACUCACCGCCAGCUCCUCACCAACAGCACCGCCCUGCUCUCACCGCCAGCUCCUCACCGCCAGCUCCUCACCAACAGCACCGCCCUGCUCACCGCCUGCUACUCACCGCCAACUCCUCACCGCCGGCCCCCUACUCACCAUCAGCACCCUACUCACCGUUUCAUCCAAACUCAACACACAUCACUCACCAACUCACUCAACCACCCACUCACCUGCUCACCCACUCACUUGCCCACUCACCCGCCCAUUCACCCGCUCGCUCACCGACUCGCUCACCGCGGGCUAGCUGGAGUGAUCAUCGAUUGGCGACGUUUUGCUUAAAGCUGCGCCCAGCGUCUGCCGAACACAUGGCAUGGCGCCCCGCGGUUACCACGGCGGUUACCACGGAUGUUACCGUGGAGGAUACCACAGCGGUUACCACGGCGGUUACAGCGGUGAUUACCACGGCGGUUACCGCGCAGUGCGACGCACGGACAAAGUCAUCGCUCGCGCGUCUCUCCGUGGGCUCUGAAUAACGACAUUCAGACAACAGAGGCACCCCCCCCAACCCGUGUCCAUCUUGCGCCCAUCCCACCAGUGGCGGGGCCACUGAGCCGUGUGGCUCUGUCGCCGGUCGCGGCCUGCUCAGCGUCCCUCGCGGCGGCAGGGGUGCCGGCUCCUCGCCAGUGCGCACCGCACGCACCUGAUGAUUGGUGAACGUGCGCAGUGGGACGCGGACGCCGUUUGAGUUGGUUCAUGCAAAGUUUGAGGCGUGUGUGUGUCUGUGCCGUCUGCUUGUAACUAUGUGUGUGUGUCUAUGUGUGUGUGUUUGUAUCUGUGUGUGUGUGUUUGUGCCGUCUGCUUGUAACAAUGUGUGUGUCUGUUGUAUCUAUGUGUGUGUUUGUAUCUAUGUGUGUGUGCGUGUCUGCUUGUAUCUAUGUGUGUGUGUCUGUAUCUGUGUGCGUGUCUGCUUGUAUCUACGUGUGUGUGUUUGUAUCUGUGUGUGUGUCUGUGUUGUCUGCUUGUAACUAUGUGUGUGGGUUUGUGUGUGUGUGUGUCUGUAUCUGUGUGUGUGUCUGUAUCUGUGUGUGUGUGCGUGUGUCUGUAUCUAUGUGUGUGUUUGUAUCUGUGUGUGUGUCUGUAUCUGUGUGUGUGUGUUUGUCUGUUUGUAUCUAUGUGUGUGUGUGUCUGUUUGUAUCUAUGUAUGUGUGUCUGUCUGUUUGUAUCUAUGUGUGUGUCUGUUUGUAUCUGUGUAGGGAAUUCCAACAAGACCUACAUCUCUGCUUUAUUGACCUGGUCAAGGCCUAUGAUACCAUCAGUAGGCCUGGGCUCUGGGUUGUUCUUCGUGCUUUCGGAGUCCCUGACCUUCUGCUCACGAUCAUUAAGGACCUUCAUGAUGGUGAGUGGGCCCGGGUAAAACUACGUGGCCUGGAGUCAGAGCCUUUCCCUGUACACCUUGGGGUGCGACAGGGAUGUCCUCUGGCUUCCACAUUAUUUAACAUCUAUUUUGACCACGUAGUUCGUGAAGCCUUCAAUAGCUGUACCGGGUGAAUUUCCAUUUGGUACAGAUAUAAUGGAAGGCUGAUCGAUGCUUGGGUGAGAUCAAGGGAUGGCUCCCUAUUGGUCAACCACGUUAUGUAUGCCGAUGAUUUUUAAUAGCUGCUGAUUCAGAGGAGGAGUUGGAGACACUGCUGCUGCUGAGACUGGAGCGUGCCACUAAGAGGUGGGGCCUUACCAUCAGCCCCACCAAAACUAAGCACCUGCCUGGGUAUUUUGUACCAUCGGACACUCCACCCCCACAACUCCCAACCGGUGAUGGGGCAGUAGUGGAGAGAAUGGAGAGUUUCCCAUACCUGGGCAGUGCGCUUAUGACCGACUCCAGUUUAACAGCAGAGGUCUCACUCCGAAUCAGUCGAGCGGCAAUAUAUUUUAAUCGGUUGCGUAACGCUGUGUGGAAGCUACCAGGUUUGUUGCUCCGCACGAAGCUUCAGGUCUUCUCGGCCACGGUCAUUCCCUCCCUUCUCUACACUUGCGAAACGUGGAACCCCCUCCCCCCUAAUGGAGCAUCAUCGCCGGUUGGAAACAUUUAGGCUGGCCUGCCUACGAUCCAUCCUGGGUUUAACCAGGCUGGAUUGUGUGAGGAGCUCACAAAUUCUUGAAAGAUCUGGUCAAAGUCCCAUCGGUGAGCUCCUCUGGCAUGCAAGGCUGCGUUGGCUGGGUCAUGUAGCCCACAUGCCCAGCCACCGCGUGCUUAAACAGCUUUUGUUCGGCCAGAUCGAGGGGGCUAAACGGGCGCGGCAUGGGCUAGAGAAGAGAUGGAGUGAUGUGGUACAGGAGGACGUGGAGUUGAAUGGACUUGCUGAUGACUGGUACCAGCGGUGUCAACAUCGGCCUCUGUGGAGGAGGGCAGUUGGAGGCAGUCGCCCUCCAGCAACAACGGAGGGCGGAGGAGCGACGCUCACAACAACGAGCGGAGCGCCGGGUGGCUAAAGCACAGCAAGUUGGCACAGUAGGGGGCACAGGUGGUGCAUCAGCCAGUCAUCUCGGCCAUCUCUGUCAGUCGACCCGUGGCACCUGGGUCUGCCCCGUGACCUGUCAGCGGGCGUUCGACACUUCAUGUGGCCUCAAGGUGCACAUGGCCUGGCACAAGCGUCGUGGUGACGUCACCGCCACAUAGUGGCGAAUGGCGGUUGUUGUGUGUCUGUCUGUAUCUAUGUGUGUCUGUAUCUGUGUGUGUGUGUCUGUUUGUAUCUAUGUGUGUGUGUCUGUUUGUAUCUGUGUGUGUGUGUCUGUAUCUAUCUAUGUGUGUGUGUGUGUCUGUCUGUAUCUGUGUGUGUGUCUGUUUGUAUCAUUGUGUGUGUGUGUCUAUGUGUGUGUGUCUGUCUGUAUCUGUGUGUGUCUGUUUGUAUCUAUGUGUGUGUGUGUGUGUCGUGGGGAGUCGUCGUGUAGCGGUUAGAGCACUGCUCUAUGGACCCGGUGACCCGAGUUCGAUUCCCGCGCUCACGGUCACCACCGGUGACGAUUAUCUGAACCGGUCCUGGGCCUCCACUUAGGUCUACUCAGCCUCAAAUGAGUACCUGCUGCGGUGUGCAAACAUCGCCACUGGGGAAACAAAGGCGGUCGGGCGUGGUGGUGGCCACCCACCCUCUCGUGUGCCGUUCCCACCUUCAUAGGUGCUACUCGUUAACAGCACUUGCCCCAAUAGUCUGUUAAGGCUACAGGGGCGAUAUUUGCCUUUGUACUGUGUGAUGUAACCAUAAUUGGCAAUGAAUCCGGACAAUGUAAAUAUGCAAACGACGAGAACGCCCACCCGUCGUAGGAGACUCCACACACACGGAGGUCUUCGCAGCAGUGAGAAUUGGUGGCUAAGCUUUGCUGAUGAGCCCUAAGAAGAAUGAUACCGGUCCGCGACAAACUAAACAUCUCUGUUUUGAUUCCACCGGCUAAGGGCCCCGCACCGAGCUGUGUCGCUCGUUCUCAGAAGCGACGUGGACGCAGUGGCGGCUUUAUCAUCAUCAUCACCACGUGGGAUAUUUAUAGCAGCCAAAUACUCUGAAUGCAUGAUGCUGAUUCUAAAUGUGUAAGGGAAACAUAUACAGCAGGUUGUCAGGGUCGGGAUCGAACCCACGACCUCCUGUAUACCAGGCAGGGUAGUCAACAUCUCCUAGCCACAGUGGCACGCCUACAAUUUGCUGUCACUGCGUCGUCAUCAUCAUCAUCGCUGCUGCUGCUGCUGCUGCUGUUGUAGGUCAGCGUCGGAUUCAUUGCGACGGUGACCUCAGAGGCAAGAGGCGGUGCAGUGUGCACUUCUUCAGGAACUGCCCGAGGGCCUGUUGUUGUUGUGUUUGCGUCGUUUCUUCUCCUGUUGCACGAUGCACCCGAACCCGGCUCGCGGUAGAAGCCGUCGGAGCUGCGGGCCGUGGACGUGCGUUCUGUUCGGUGGCGCUGGCGGUCUGGACAAGGCUGGGGGGAGGAGCUCUUUGCAUGUCUGCGCGCGUGUUCGUGUGCUGCUGCUAUUGUUGUUGAUGGGGAGCGGUAGUAUCUGUUCGCGCUACGAACCUGGUGACCCACUCACGGUCAACACCGGCGACGAUUAUCUGAACCGGCCCUGGGCCUCCGCUAGGUCGCCUCAGCCUCAAAUACGUACCUGGUGCGGUGCGUAAAAUCAUCGCCACUCGCGAGACAAAGGCGGCCGGGCUUGGUUCUGGCCACCCACCCCCUCGUGUGCCGUGUGAGAGAGGGCUUCAUCAGAGAGACACAGAGAGAGAGGAGAGAGAGUCGUUCUGCUGCUGCUGUUGCUGCUGUUGUUGCUGCUGCUGCUGUUGCUGCUGCUGCUACGAUGAGAGUGAGUGCUGUUGCUGCUGCUGCCACGAUGAGAGUGAGUGAGGGCUUCAUCAGAGAGACACAGAGGAGUUCGAGUCGUUCUGCUGCUGCUGCUGUUGCUGCUGCUGCUACGAUGAGAGUGAGUGCUGUUGCUGCUGCUGCCACGAUGAGAGUGAGUGAGGGCUUCAUUAGAGAGAGAGAGGAGUUCGAGUCGUUCUGCUGCUGCGUUGAAGGAGCGCAGGCCACAGUGGGGUCGCCAUGCACGCUGCGUAGCAUGGGCUUACAUGGCCACACUCGUAUCACCGUGGCUUGUACUUAAUGGGUCUCUGUGGGUCUCUGUGGGUCUCUAUGGAUCUCUGUGGGUCUCUAUGGGUCGCUAUGGGUUUAGUCUGCGGUCCAAUGCGUGGUUUGCAUGGCCAUCGUCGCCCUCCUGUGGAUUUUAUUUAAUGCAUCUCUGGAUGUCUACAUAUCUCUAUGAGUCUCUGUGUAUCCCUCUGAGGAGUGUCUUUAAUGGGAUCUCUAUGAGUCUCUGUGGUAUCUCUAUGGGUCUCUAUGUAUCUCUAUAGGUCUCUAUGUAUCUUUGUGAGUCUCUACGUAUCUCUAUGGGUCUCUAUGUAUCUGUGUGAGUCUCUAUGGGUUUACUAUGUAGUGCAUAGUGUGAGUUGCAUGAUCACAGUCACACCACUGUGGUUUAUGUCUUUAAUUUGUUCUAUGGGUCUCUAUGUAUAUACUGUAUAUUAAUGCAUAUGUGCCUCUGUGAGCAUCUGUGUCUCAAUGUAUAUCUCUACGGGUCUCGAUGUAUCUCUCUGUGAGUUUCUGUCUCUGUGUGUCUCUGUAAAUCUCUAUGAGUCUCUGUGUAUCUCUACGUAUCUCUCUUUGGGUCUCUAUGUAUAUCUUUAUUGGUCUCGAUCUCUCUGUGUGUCUCUGUGUGUCUCUGUAUCUCUCUAUGGGUCUCUGUGUGUCUCUGUGUGUCUCUCUCUGGGUCUCUGUGUAUCUCUUUAUUGGUCUCUAUCUCUCUAUGGGUGUCUGUGUAUCUCUCUGUGUGUCUCUCUAUGGAUCUCUGUGUAUCUCUCUCUGUGUAUCUCUAUGGGUCUCUGUGUAUCUCUAUGGGUCUCUGUGUGUCUCUGUGUGUCUCUAUGGGUCUCUGUGGGUUUGCUGUGCGCUCUGUGGGUCGGUGUUUCAUCGCCACUGUCAGACUCUUGUGGCUUGCGUAUCUACAAUGUUUCUGUUCAUCGAGGAUAUGUGGGCACAAAUGCAUAAAUUAUGGGCGACGUUUUGGGCAAUGUCCCUUCAUAUGUAUUUAAUGAAACGUCGCCUAUUAUAUAUAAGUUAUAUUCUAAGGCUGCACGCGCGUGGGGUGUUUACGAUACGGACCGCGGGACGUGCUAAGAAUUGUGAAUAUAUUCCGCAUCCAGACGGAUGAGAUUUUGCCCCCGACCGUUUUGUAAGCCAAUUGCGUCGAUAUAGCCAUGUUGCCCCUCUUGUGUAUCAUACUCGAUAUACCGUAAUCAUGUCAUUAUAUACACACACUCAUCAUGAACACGUGCGAAUCUGGAGCAUCAGACCACACGGCAAUUUGCAAACCCAUUGAACCAUUGUUGCAAAACUUAUUUUUUAUAUGGUCCACUUUAACUCGACAGAUAAUAUACUGUAUAUGUAUCACCAGUAGCGUAGCGGAUCGAUUGACUUUAUAUGUGAAUAUGGAACGUUUUCAGACCCCCCUCCCCCCCUGUACAAAUAUUUUUGCGGCUGCUUGCAGAGUUGGGUGAGCGUCCGGGCUGCAAUGGGAGGUUGUAAAUCACCGAUCACCGGCGGUGAUGUCAGCAGCUCGGCGAACGCCUCGAUGCCGGCCAAGAACCGGGGGGUUCGAUUCCCGAUCGAACCCGCGACCUCCCGCACACCAGGCGAGGUAGUCAACAUCUCUCUACCGUGGCGAGAUGUUGGAGCACCAGGGUAGAGACCCGGGGACGCAGGCUUCAGGGAAGAGGAGCUGCGGGAAGAGGCGGUGUGUGUGUGUAUAUGUGUGUGUGUAUAUGUGUGUGUGUAUGUUUCAGAGGUGUGGACUCGAGUCAUGUGACUUGGACUCGAGUCAGACUCGAGUCAUGAAUUUGAUGACUUCAGACUCGACUUGGACUUGCAUAACAAUGACUUUGUCCCACCUCUGAGGUGUGGACUCGAGUCAUGUGACUUGGACUCGAGUCAGACUCGAGUCAUGAAUUUGAUGACUUCAGACUCGACUUGGACUUGCAUAACAAUGACUUUGUCCCACCUCUGGUAUUUUUAACUUCUUUCGCACCGUAUGUAGCCAAUCUCGCUAAUCGGAGAUGUCGGGGAAGGACAACAAACCUAACUCGACAACAGAAAGCAGUUGUCAAGAAAUUAGUUUUCAAUCGAGGUGAUGAUGAUUUAAAAGUGCGCAGCUCCCAGUGGCACUCCCAGUAUCGGCAGGGAGAGUUGAAGGCAGCAGCCGCAGGAGGAGGCGCGUCUGAAGCGCCGUGCAACGAUGCAGUGACCACCACCGUUCUUUUGUUUCGAUGGCUGAGCCCAAAGCCGCUGCUGCUGCGAGGAUGAGCGGAGUUCGCGCGAUGGUUCAAGCUCCUUGGCGGGAUCAGCGAGGUGUUGUGGUUCAUUUGUGGCAAGUACUUUGAUGAGGUGUAACAUAAAUCAUGAUUUUCUUUCACACGUAAGCUUUCUCACAAACCAAUAUUAUUCAUGAGAGAGGUUGGAUUUUUUGGGUUAGAUCGCGCAAACAUAAAUGUUCCACCUUUGGCUGUCGCCUGAUGAUGCUGGUUGUUGUAACUACCGGCGAAACGUCACGGUUCUCAAAUUGCAAAUGUUGUCGUGGAGUUUCACUCCCCAACACAGCCGGUGAGUGCUGACCGACUGCCGAACGGGCCACGUUCUGGUGACGUCACAAGCCACCGUGCCGAUUGGCUGCGUCGGGCCACGUGGUGGUGGUUUCACGACGCGUUCUUGUUCACGCGAUCUGACCGAAAGAAAAAACAUCCUCGACAGUGCACAAUUGUGGCAUUGUGCACAAUUGUGGCAUUGUGCACAAUUGUGGCAUUGUGCACAAAUGUGUCAUAGUGCACAAUUGUGUCAUUGUGCACAAUUGUGUCAUUGUUAUGGCGAGUAUUCGAUGCGAGUUGCGGCAUCCGAGAUGCUGACGGUGGAGCGUGAUUGUUGUACCUGCGGCCAAGGCUGAGUGUCUCACUCCAGCGUGAGGACGCUUCUCACUGGCGAGCAACAGAGACCGUCAGAGGGCCUCCAGACAGGGGGGGGGGGGGGGGAUGGAGAUUCCAAAUCGCCAAGGCGGUGGUCGAGGCCCUCCAGUGCCCAGCCACUGACGACGUCUUGCACCAUACACCAGGUUCAGAUGAGACGUCUUGCACUCCACCCCCACACACUCCACCCCCACACACUCCACCACACACACUCCACCCCCACACACUCCACCACACACACUCCACCCCCACACACUCCACCCACACACACUCCACCCACACACACUCCACCCCCACACACUCC